CUUUAAGCGUGUGCAUCGACAAAUUUUGAAAAAAGUCAUUUUUUUUGUUUCUUUCCAAAAUUUUUUUUUAUUGCCUACAUUUUGUGAAUUAUUUGUAUGGUUUUUUUUCUUUAAUUCGCUUAUGGUAAAAUCUUCAUCUAAUUUUUGUUUUUUGCUUUUGUGGUGUUAUUUAUUUAUUUAAAAAAAACAAAUGAACAAUUUAAAAUGAAUGAAAAUCAUAAACCAAAAAUUCUAGGCCCUUGCCUAUUGUUUUUUAUUUUGUUAUUCUGUUGGCAAUUACCACAAUUAUGUCAAUCACAAAUAUCAAAUAAUGCACAAAAAAAUGCAGCUGGUCAAAGUUCAUUGAAUUUACAAAGUAUAAAAAGUAGUGCAGAGUUAAAUCGAAAUGCACAAUAUAUUCCAGGUAAUCGACGACCAGUUGAACAACAAGGUCCGAUUAAUAUGGGUGAUUUGCAACGAUUUCGUUCCGAAUUAAUGUAUCCAUUUACACAACAAGAAUAUCUUGAAAUAACAUCAAGUAAAUCAUUUCAUGAUCAACCAUUACAAUUUCAGAUGCCAUUUUUUGGCUUCCGUUAUACUUAUAUUUGGAUUCAAAGAGAUGGUUAUCUAGCAUUUAGCCAAGGACAAAUAUCAUAUAAUUUUCCAGUAAAAUUUCCAUUUCCACCACCAAAUAAACAAAGUAAAGGUCAUGAUCCUUCAAUCAUUGCACCAUUCUUUGCAAUGCAAGAAGUUGAACCAAAAGCUCCUAUGGGUGGUGUUUAUCUACGGGUGAUUGAUCUAACAAAAGAAACCAAUAUAACAUUACGUGAAGGAAUAUAUGCCGAUUUUCGUGAUGGAAUGAUUGGUGCGGCUAAUUUUCGUCCAAAAUUUGCCAUUAUUGUUACAUGGAAAAAUAUGACCUAUACGAAUCGUGCACCGGAUUUUGAUCGAGUUACCAAUACCUAUCAAGUUGUAUUGGCAACUGAUGAAGUUCGUACAUUUGCUAUGUUUAAUUAUGAACAUAUUGGAUGGAUAGCACCUUAUUUUGAAGGUAAAAAAGGACCGCCAGCUUAUGUUGGUUUCAAUGCCGGCAACAGUACUCGAACAUAUGAAUUUGUACCUUAUUCACAAAAUGCUCGUAUCUCCUAUCUUCCAAGCCGAGGUUUUGGAAACAAUCUUGAAGGAAGAUAUUUUUUUCAGAUUGAUGAAGAAAUUUGGUCCGGUGCUUGUGUCGAAAAAGAAUUAGAUCCAAAUUUACCAAGUCGAUUACCGUUAUCAUUUUUUCCAAAAGUCGGUAAUAUGCUUGGUGGUACAUUGGUCAAUGUGACUGGUCCUUGUUACCAACCUGAUGAUAUCAUUGAAUGUAUGUUUGAAAAUUGGCCUACUAAAGGUGUUUACAUCGAUAGAAAUCGUGUUAGCUGUAUUUCACCACCUGUCAUGUACCAUGGUUAUGUUGAUUUAACCGUACGAGUUAAUGGCAAUAUUGAUUUCUAUGGUCGAUUUUAUAUUCAGCCACCAGAUAUCGCUCAUGAUGAUAUUUCUAUUGUUGCCGAUAAUGAUCGUCAAGAAGAUCCAGUCGAAAUUGAGAUCAAAUGGAAACCCGAACGAUUGGCAUUGGAUUCACGAGCAGUCGGACAAUUAUCAUUGUGGGGUUAUCGUGAAUCGGAUAAAGUUUAUCCAUCAUUAACCUAUAUCGAUCUAUUGGUUGAUGGUAUUAAUAUUAUGGAUGCUAAAUAUGUUUUGGACGUUCAACAAUUUCGAACACGAUAUAAUCCAUCAGUUUCGGACAUAACAUUUGGCUUUUUAGCAUUGAAUAUUACAAAUCCAGAUCAAGUUUUUGGUCUUGAUUUAAGAAAAUCUCCUAUUAUUUGGUCAAGAGCUAUGCCAUUAGCUUGGUAUUUUAAGAAACAAUGGGAAAAAGAGUUUGGUUCAAAUGGAAAAUGGAAAACCUAUAUGUGUAACAAAUGGUUUGAUCGAGAAACAUUUCUUGAUUAUUUUGCUACCACUGUUUUCCGUUGUCCAUGUACAAUGACACAGGCACAAAUCGAUCGUGGUCAUUUUUCACCCGAUCUUCAAUGUAAUGUUAUUGAUCGUAAAUGUGAUACAUUCCAUCGUGGUGCAUUACAUUGUGUUAAAACUGGAAGACCAUCAAUUGGUGGUUCAGGACAAACUUGUUGUUAUGAUGAAAGACAUGAACUUUUACAAACAGCCGAUACAAUGUACGGUGGACGACCAUCACGUGCAUAUGUUUAUGGUAAACAUCCAUUCAAAUCGCAGAUGAUGAUUCCAGUUUUGUCAGAAUAUUAUCAUGAUAUUGUGCCAUUCUUUUUCUGUUGUAAAUGGCAACCUAAAGAAGAUGAUUCUAAAACAUGUCAAAUGUAUAAUUAUUGGCGAACAUCACAAGAUUGUUCAUCCUAUCAACCACCUGCCGUUGCAUCAGUGUUUGGUGAUCCACAUCUUAUUACAUUCGAUCAAUUAAAUUAUACAUUCAAUGGUAAAGGUGAAUUUACAUUAGCUCGUGUUUCAAAUCCAAUGUAUCAAUUCAAUCUACAAGGUCGUUUUGAGCAACUGCCAUCACCAGACAAUUUUGCACCAAUGCCUAAUGCAACAUUUUUAAGUGCCAUUGCUGUUAAAGAUAAUGUAUCAUCUGUAGUUGAAUUUCGAAUACGACCAUUAGCGGCUAGUUGGCGUUAUCAAAUGUAUGUUAUAGUCGAUAAAGAAUAUGUAUUUUGGUGGGAUGAUUCGAUGCGUCUACAAAAUUUCUAUGGUGUUUCAUUAUAUCAACCAGCUGGUAUUAAAAAUAUGUCACAUAUUAUUGCAAUGUUUGAUUCGGGUGCUGGUGUUGAAGUUAUUGCUAACAAAGGUCGAAUGACUGUUCAUGUUUAUGCACCUUAUUCAUUUAUGAAUAGUACAUCUGGUUUGCUUGGAAACUAUUCAAGAGUACAACAUGAUGAUUUUGUACUUCCAAAUCAACAAUAUCUUCCUAUCGAUCAACCGCCUGAAGUAUUGUAUCGAGAAUUAUCAAGAGUGUAUCGUGUACUGGAAAAAGUAACACCAAACGAUAUUAAUCAACAGUCAACAUUAUUUUUCCAUGAUGCGGUACCAUAUUCCUAUUAUGAUGGCAUAAAUUUUAAGCCUGAUUUCCAUCCACAAUUACCAACAUUUGCAAAACAUUUGGAAGAAGAUAUGAUCAAUGUUUGCAGUGAUUCUAGCUCUUGUCGUUAUGAUUAUAUAACAACAUUGAAUCGAGAAUUUGCUGCGUUAACCAAAAGUGAAGAAACAGCAUCAGCCAUAUUGGCUAAAGAAGCACAACAAUUAGUAAUUCGUUGUCCAGCAUUACCAAAACCAUUGAAUGGACGAAAAUCUGAAAAUCGUUAUUGGCCGGGUAUAAUUGUACGAUUUAUUUGUAAUGAUGGUUAUCGUUUAAUUGGUUAUGAAGCUCGACGAUGUCGUGAAGAUGGUCUAUGGUCUUGGGGUGUUGAUCCUGAAUGUAUUAGCCAUGCUGCUUAUAUUGGACAAAUUGCUGGUAUUGGUUUUGGAAUUUUAAUACCGAUUAUUGUUCUAUUGAUUAUUGUUGUAUUAUUUGUUGUAUUGGGUCGUCGCGAAAAUGAUCAUGAAGGUACAUAUGAUACAAAUGAAGAUGGUGAUGUUGAUCAUAUACCUGAAGCUAUUGAAUUAACACCAAGCGAAAAAAAUGAUCAUAAUUCAUUAGAAAAUGAUGAUCAACAUUAAUCAAUGCAACAAAAAAAAA